AUGAUGGAAACAGUUAGUUCGCGUAAACCUCACGUGCCAUUCUAUCGCGGUGGGAACGUAGCUGGAAAACUAUCAAAGAAGGACUGGGAUUCUGAUUUUCAUGCCACACUUGUUCGUGACGGAAUCAGAAAUAGAACACAUGAUAAAAGAACUUAUGGGGUUGUUAUGUCGAAGGCUUUGGUAGAUAGUCACAUGUAUUGUCGACAAAUGGAACGUGGCAGAAGGUUGAGACGUGGUAUGGUACCGAAGUUGGAAAGACGAACUGUUUGGCGUGAUCAUAGUUUGAGUCCUGCUGUUGAAAGAAGCCAAUAUGCGGCAGAAACUGCACUUGAUUGCUAUCAGAAACGUCCCGAACGACGUGAUAAUUUUAUGAUGAAUGAAAGCAGUUCACCAAGUGACCGUCAAAGACGUCGGUACAGAGAACGGCUGAAUAGCAACAGUGAGCUAAACAGAUCGACUACCAGGAUUUCAUCUACAUCAGUUAGAACUGGACCGAUGGAAAAUCGCGAAUAUUUGGAACAUGAAUUAACAAAACACUAUCGGGUACGAGAUCGACCCAUUGCUCUGGAAAGAGUUAGGAAUGAAGGAAUCCGUUUGCAUGAUGACGUUAAUCGUAAUGUCAACCAAAUACAACCAUCAGAAUGUGGCGGUGCACGGCUGCAGAACUAUCAUAUGCAGAUCGAGUCUCAGCUCGCUGCAGAAGAAACUGCUGGGAAAAUUAGCAACAGCUUGGCAAAUUGGCGUAUAGAGGAUUUGCUGGGUGGACAGUCAAUAUUGAACGCCGAUAGCAUACAGAAUGCACAGACGUGGAUCGCCAACGAUAACAGUUUAAGCCCCGCACAAGUUUUGCGUGCUCGUGAACUUCUUCAGGAAUUGCUGGUUACAAUCACGAUGAAACCGGAUGUGCCGGCCGCUGGUAGAUUUAUGGAAAAUCUAACUGAAGAUAGACCACCGAAUUUCUUUACUGAUCGUCGAGUUUCUGAUUGCAUCCCAUCACGCAGUUUUUCUCAACAGAACAUCCAGUCUACAUUACGGAAUGAUACUGCAGUAUAUGAACGAGAAUUGCCGGUUAUGCAAAAUUCCUUACCUGUCGGUGUGCCAUUAGCACUUCCGACGCAGAACUGGUGUGACGAUUCCUCAGCAGUGCAUUCCGAUUCUGGUGAAAUACCCAUGAGUUCCCGUGAUAUGCCCAAAAAUUCCAAUUUUCGUUAUGGUUCACGAUGUGAUUAUCCAACCCUAUGUACGGAAAAGGCUAAGUUCGAAAAGAGGAAUGCCAGGGCACAUGAUCCGAUUAUUUUAGGGUUGGAAAAGCGAAGAUCACUUUAUCAUGAUCGUCGUCGAACAUCCCGGUCUAGAAGCCGUAGCCUAGGAAAAGAUUACGACACGGGCUUUGGAAAACGAAGAGUGCAUAUGAAAUCUCGAGGUUUUAUUGAUGUCAGAGUAAAUCAUCUACAAAAAGGAUCUCGAAGGAACUAUUUUCCACAUGAAACAAUUCGUAAUCAUCACAGAGAAAGUAGAGGUGAAAGAAGUUUGCGGUAUUCGUCGCCUCUUAUACAUGCCACGAAAAAACAUCGGCGAUAAAAAUGUUGGCGACUAUUCUCAAUAUGUCUAGCCUAUGACGUCAUCUCAUUUUUCAAUUAGAAUCAGAUUUGUACCGUUUAUUUUAAAUUAUUUUUGCUAGUGUGUAAGCAGCGAAAAUUAUAUUUUACCAGUUCUCGUUAUUGUUUUUAAGGCUGCUAGAGAAUCAAUCAAAGACUUAUCGGCGUCUUCUUUGCUAUAUGCUUCAUCAUGUGCUACUUUUCAGCUUCUUUUAUGUAUGUUUCUGCUCUUAUAUAAUAUUUUGCAUCAUUCCUUCUUUUUGUUUUAAUAAAUUCAUACUUUUUUUUGUGCAGUAUUAUAUGUGAUUAGUUCUUGCAGUGAGAGCUUUCAUCCUAGUUUCAAGUCUUUGAGGAAAUUUGGUUUUGUAUAAAAUGAUAUUUGCCCG